AAAUCAUCAGCGGUCUAUAGAGAGCUGGACUACCCACAGCCUAGCCGUUAAAGCCGCUUUCCAACUGGGAUUGCACUCGCCGUCAUAUUAUGAAAAUAGGGCUGAGAGCGAGACGCACAAACGGCUUUGGUUGUGUAUCAUCAAUCAAGACAGACAACUUGCAAUCCUUCUAGGUCGACCAUUUCUGAUUGCGCCCCAGUAUAUCCGAGUCAGCUUGCCUGAAACCUCAAUUGCCAUCCCAAACCCGCCCGUCGGAGGCUCGUACAUGGCGAGUCUCUCAGAUCAAGGCCUCUUUUUCAGAAAUCUCAUCGAUAUCCAUGCCAUCCAGAGCUCGGCGGUGGAGAAAUUGUACGACUUCAACAUUGACGGACCAGGCCGAAGUUCGCCGAGAGAAAUAAUGACCGCCAGGCUAGAUCUUACCAUUCAAUUAGACGAGUGGUGCGAAAACCUGCAUCACACCAUGCAGGUUUUGCAACCCAGUGAUCCAAGAGGGGAGGCUAGGGUGUCAGCAGCUUCACGCUGGAGCAUCAUUCUCUCCGUGCAUUACUACCUGACCAAGCUCUUUAUCAACGCUCCUAUCCUGUCCGUGGCUCUGGCCGAGGGACAAAGGCUAUGGCUCAGUAACACACCAUUCUCGGUGAUCCACAAGUCUGCUGAAGAGAUUCUGCAUGCCGAUUUCGAGUCGGCCAAGGAGUUACAGUUCAUUGUCCAGGAGACUCAUGGCGCCCGAAUCUGGGCCUUUGGGAAGAACCCGAUUUGGUUUAUCUGCAACUAUGCCAUGUUCACCGUUUCUCUUCAUGCAUUCGGCAUUCUACUGUACAUCAAGGGCCUUGGAAGUGACAUAGCAGUAUUAGACGGCCUUCGUGCAAAGGAAGUGCGAUUAUUGCUUGACCACAGCCUCGAAAGUCUCCGACUCAUAGGCCGCCCCAGCUUGAUGAGUCACAAAGCCCGCGAAUGCCUUCUUCGCUUCUUGAACGUGUUUGAUUCGAUGGCUCUCGAUGAGGAGGUUCGAACGACCAUAGAAAGCAAUAUCUCGGGAAUUGACAUGAGAAGUGUGCGGUCUCAAGAUCCCGCGGAGCCUGACUUUGAUUUCUCCCAGUUCAUUAGGGACACCGCGGAAGAGUUUCUCUUUCAAUUGUAGCACGCGACUCGGCGAAAGGGUAGAUAGAACACAAUCGAGAAGUGCUACUUACGAAA